UAAUUUUAAUUUCUAAGUUAAUUUGCUUGCUGAUCUGGGAUUUUAGUCAUCAUGGAGGGUAAAUGGACAAUCUGCCCAGGACUGCAGCCUGAUACCAUUUUUCAAAGCCAGAACUUACUCCAUUUUCUAUGCAAAUAUCAGAAAAGCGAACACCCUCUCUUCCCAAGUCAGAGAAGGGGAAGCAACGGCUCUCAGGUUGGGACAAUAUUAUCUGGAAGAUGAAGAAGAAACCGAACGCUCUCUCUCCCUCUCUCUUUUUUUUUUCUCUUUCCUUUCUCUCCACCCCCUUCAAUCGGAGGAAAGAAAUCCCAAGGUCUGCAAAGUCUUGGCGGGGUAUAAAUCAUCCCUCAGACAGUUUACUCUGACCCAAAUUAUGCGGUUUGCUGCCAUCUACCGUCCGUUUGGAGACAUGCGGCUUCGGCGCCGAAUGCCCCGCGACACUGCCUGAACCGUGCCCGACGACUGGAGCCCCCGCCGCUCUGGUUCGGCGGGCUUCUGGGGACGUCGGCCCAGAUUGACGCUUUCCGCUGGAUCUCGGUUCCCGCCUGCCCGCGUGUGAAUUGGAGAACAAGCGUCCCCUCCCCCUUGUCAGCCUCAUCCCAGCUCCAAACCUGGCGGCUGGCUGAGGGAAGCGGCUUUUUCUAGGGCAUAUUUAAAAAGGACUAAUACUUCAUCCUGCCCGCGGGCAGGGGCCCUGAAUCAAAGGACUGGGGGAUCAGAGUCGAGAGCCCUCUCCCCGCUAUCCCCCUCCAAGCUCAAGAGGGGAUCACCAGGGCCGCUAGGGAGAUCCGAGGCCAAGGCUGUUCAAGGUUUAUUUGGUUUUCUUUUCGGCUAAGGGAGGGGUCCCGCAGGGGAGGCGCUGGCCCGGGCAGUUCCACUCGGUUGUCAAAAGACAAACCGAGUCUGUUUUCUCCGGGUUGGGUGGUGGGUCUUGCCAGUUUCUUGGCCAUUUGAGUCUGUGGUGAAGGAAUUGAGCCGAGUUUUCUGGGAACUGUUGUCUUGCAAGUGAGUGUGCGUCCCCUUCCCUAUUCCCGAUCAUUUCAAGCGAAAUCGACACAAAUAUGCUUUGGGAAAAAAAACGGGGAGUAGGAGUGGGGAUCAAUCAGUAAGGAACCCUAACCCUUGUAAUUUCCGUUCCUGCCGGACCCCUCAUACCCACUUAAGCCGACUGCUUUCCCAGAAGCGGGUGGCGAGGGCGGGGGUACGCGCCGCUGCCGCCGAGUUUGAAUAUUGGCCCCUGUUUCACGGGUUACUGAUUAGCUCGGGCUUUCAAGCCGCAGGAGGAAGCUCUGGCCGCUCCUUUCAAGGUGCUGUGGCCCCAGUUCCUGGGCGGGGGCUCCAGGAAAUUGCUUGCGGUGCCAGGCAGGCGGAGGUGUUACUAGGUUCUGGCCCGGAGCUGCCGAGGUCGAGGGGCCCAGCGGUACUGGGGGCAAACGCGGGGGCUGCGGCCCGGAGUCUUUGGCGCCUCUCGAGUCUGGGCCGCAGGAGCAGCCCUUUCAGCUCUUCAGCAGAGAGUGACUUUCUGGCGGCUAGAAGGCCCGGCCCAGUGCUGGAGGCCCCGAGGGAGCGCUCUCCGAAGGUCUUGGGCCCCUCGGAGGAUUUUUUCUUGUGGACAAUCCGAAGGACAGAUGGGGAGGGUAAGGCGGCUGGUAUAGAGGAUUGAAACCCUGAAGGGCUCUUAGGGUGCCCAAGGACCUGGGGAGAGGGAGCUGAGCUGCCACUGCUCCCCCCUCCAUCAGAGAAGAUGCCGUUCAUUUGCAUAAUGGAAAUGUCUUUGUACUGUGCUUUGGACUGGCCAAUUUUAAGGCAAUGUUCUCUCUGAACAACUCUCGAAGAGUGGGAGAGGCCACACUGCUCCCUCUGGGAACAUUUGUGUUCCCCCAAACCAGAGAAUCACAGAGUCUAGGGGAAGAACUGGGUUGAGAUGUUUGAAUUCACCCCACCCCAAUCACAGUUGGGAGUGGGGUGGGGGAAGGUGCCCACAGUCCUAAGAGCUGGGGGUGGGGGGAGCUUUGCAGCUGAGAGGAAGUGGGAAGCCUGGACAAUGUCUCAAUCCCCUCCCCUCCACACACCUACUGGCAAAUAUCCUCCCUGAGAUUACCGGUGCAGGAGAAUCUUACUCCAGAGCUGAGCACAACUUAGACUUUUCCCUGGGAGCUGGAAUGUGUGUACGUCCACAGGACCACAGGGUCAUAGCUCAGAAAAUUACAGUUAUACAUCCUGCCUGUGGGAUUUCUAUGCAAUCCUUCUGCUGUGUACUCAAGACUUAGUACACGUUUAUAUCCGCCUCUCCAUACACACACUUUCUCGUUGAGCAGGGGGAGACACCCCAGACCUGCCGAUGGCUGUGCCCACUGUGUAUUUACAUAUUCCCCCUUGGAGACAGACAGACGGCAGUGGACGGAACCACAGACAGAUUCAUAGAGAUCUGGCUCCAGAAGCCAGGCGGCCUCUGGCCCAGCCCUGCCUGCCUGCUCUUUCUCCCAAACAAACGGAUCAGACGAAUAAACGCUCAUAAAUACCUCUGGGCUUAGAUAAGAGCGAUGAGGCGCUAUUUCCUUUCAUGCCGGACUCCAGGCGCCCAGGCUCUGCCUUUGCGGCUCCAUCUCACGACAGGCAACCUGCAGAGGUGAGGUUAAUUUGGGGCUGUGACUCUAAGGAUAAGGCGAUUAUUCUUGUGUUUCUAUCACAGGGGAAGACUUCCUCCCUCACCAAAUCUUAUGUUAUCCAGGCUUCAUGGAAAAGCCCACACCAUCCAGUCCUAGUGUGAGGACAUUGUGGCCAGAGAGGAGGCACAGAGGGCUGAGGCCGAAGGCCCCGCCUCAGUAGCAAGGAGGAGGGAGGUACACGAGGCACUCCCCCCACCUUGCUCCUCCAGCCCAAAUGCUCCCCAUUCCUCUCCAGGAGUGGGCCUGACCACAGCUGGAUUAGAGCACUUAUGACUCUCCAUCAUUAGGAGGCUUGAGUUUAUUUUCUUAAAUCUUGACAAAACCCCCCAAAGUGUUGGGCUAGGAAGUGGUAGAUGGGACAACUGGGAAUAGCCACUUAGCCAUGAAGUUGCAGCCCAGAAGUUGUCCUGAGUUCAGGGAGCCUUGGAGGCCACUUUGCAAGCAACCAAGUUCCCACCCUUGGUCACCAACUUCAGCCCUCUACCUCUUUUCCUAAUGUCUUGUGCCAUUGUCAGUGGGCAGAACUGUCCCAUAAAAAGGAGUCCAAAGAACAAGUCAGAGAAGGGUCAGCCCGGCCCCUUCAUCAUCAGGUUUUGUCUCCCACCCUGGCCCAUUCCUGGCCCCAGGUCCAAAGGUUGUCACCUUUUAUGCCUAGCCUCCACGUGCACAUUAGAAUGUUGAAAAGACACCAUGGCUGAGUCUUCCAGCCUGCCUCCAAUGCUCAUUUUCCUUAGAUGAGAGAGAGAGAGAGAGAGAGUCAGAGAUGUACACACUCUCUCACACCAAAGCUUGUAAGUAGCAAGCGGGUGAUACAGACAUGAGACGUAGUAGGGAUUGUAGAGAUGCUGAGAGACAAACAGAAGGGUAGUGAGCAUCUGGAGAGGGGAUACGGAAUGACAGUUGUAAGCUGCCUGCUGCAACCCCAGGAGGACCCAAUCCCCCUCUCUCCUUAUAAAACUAAACAAAAACCAAGUCUUGAGAAAGAAUUAAUUUUAAAGAGAACUGCCAGCUUCUGGAGAGACCUGGAAAAGGAGCAAGGGCUCCUCUCUUCCCAGUGGUCUCUGAUUAUCUCCAAUAUCAGGAGGGUUUGAGGACCCAGACCUGCAGGAGGGAACAAUUUCUUCCCUGAACCCAGACUUACUGAAACACCUUUGAUUCCUAAGAAUCUAUAGCCCAGUAUAUUCUAAUUCUAUAUUCUAAUAUUCUAUAUUCUAUAGCCCAGUAUAUAUAGCCCAGUAUAUUCUAUUCUUUUGGGGUAGGAAGUGGGGUGGAGGGAGGGUUGCAGGCAGGAUAGGGAUCAGACAACCUAGGUUGGAGGAUGCCUUUCACCCCUCCUCUCCUUAUCCCCCUCUUCCCCGUGCCCCUUCCUGUGCCAAGAGCAAGCAGUACAUACUAGAACCAGGCAAGAUGUCUUGGGCAGCGGCAGCGGUAGCCUUCCCAGAAGCUCCUAGCCUAGCUGCACAACCAGAGGGAGAAGCUUAACCUCAGACCCUGCUCCCAUUUCCCAGCCUUCUGGGUCCUCUGGGCAGCAGGCUCUGGCCUGUCUCUCAGACCAUAAGAGUUGCAGAGAAGCAGGAAUAACAAACCCAGGCUUGGAGGAGAUGGAGUAGAUCUGAGAAACAGGAAAAACGUUUUUCAAAACCUGGGAAGAGAGGUUUCUUCUUUGCUUCUCGCUUUCUGAAAACAAUGCUGAUCAGUGGAGAACUCUUCUCCCCUUCUACCAGUACAAACCCCGAGAAAACAGUCUCCUCCUUUAGCUCUCUUCUAAGGAGAUUGAGAUUCAAGAUUCAGAGACAUUUACCCACCUUCCCUGGAGGGAAUAACCCCUGCCUUGCCUAACCCCAAGCAAAGCAGGGGUUAACUUCUCUGAAAACACAAUUAACUUUUUCCUCUUCUGCGUGGGGAGGGGAGGGAUAUAUUUAUUUGAUCACUGGGGGAUGGGGAGGUAUCAAUCCAAGUGCUCCCUCCUCCCUCAAAGGCACAGACGCCUCUUUCGCAGACCCUACGUAGGUGGAACAGGACGGGUUGUGCUGUUGGGGAGAGAGAGAGAGAAAGCAGAAGGAGAAGAAGGAGGGGGAAAAAAAAAGGUUGAUAGGUUUGUGCGCGGGUCCCUAGCGCGGGCUGCGCUCCUCCUGGGUGCUAUUUGACAAUUCCUGCCUCUGCCAUUGGUCAGUGUUGGAUCAGAUGGUUGUAUUUCCUUCUGGCCCUCACUGGCACCUCGCCAUCCCCCCUCAGCUAAAACCCAAUCUCAGAUAUACUACUAAUAGGCGCGGCGCUCGGACUAUAAAACACAACAAAUCAUAAACCCGGCGGAGCAGCAACGGCCGCGCGCGCCUCCCCUCCCAAUGAGUUCCUAUUUCGUGAACUCCACCUUCCCCGUCACUCUGGCCAGCGGGCAGGAGUCCUUCCUGGGCCAGCUCCCGCUCUACUCGUCGGGCUAUGCGGACCCGCUGAGGCACUACCCCACGCCCUACGGGCCCGGGCCCGGCCAGGACAAGGGCUUUGCAGCUUCCUCCUAUUACCCGCCGGCCGGCAGCGGCUACGGCCGGGCGGCGCCCUGCGACUACGGGCCGGCGCCGGCCUUCUACCGCGAGAAGGAGUCGGCCUGCGCGCUUUCGGGUGCCGACGAGCCGCCCCCGUUCCACCCGGAGCCGCGGAAGUCCGACUGCGCGCAGGACAAGAGCGUGUUCGGCGAGGCGGAGGAGCAGAAGUGCUCCACCCCAGUCUACCCCUGGAUGCAGCGGAUGAAUUCAUGCAACAGUUCCUCCUUUGGGCCCAGUGGCCGGCGAGGCCGCCAGACCUACACGCGCUACCAGACGCUGGAGCUGGAGAAGGAGUUUCACUACAAUCGCUACCUGACGCGGCGGCGGCGCAUCGAGAUAGCGCACGCCCUGUGCCUGACGGAAAGGCAGAUCAAGAUCUGGUUCCAGAACCGGCGCAUGAAGUGGAAAAAGGAGAGCAAACUGCUCAGCGCGUCUCAGCUCAGUGCCGAGGAGGAAGAAGAAAAACCAGCCGAAUGAAGGCGCUGGAAGGGGGCGGGGGGACGCGAAGGCAGAGGCCUUCGGGGAGCCGAGGGCAUCGGAGAGCCCCGAGAAGGCUCUGCGGGCGGGGGAGCCUGGGGACCUGCUCUCCAGCGCGCGACAGGCGGGGCCACUGCUCUCCUGGAUGCCCCCGCCCGCAAAGCUCUCGCUGGGCGCUGGGAGGCCGCGCUGCCUGACCCCAGCCAGCACCCCAGCGCCCCCUCCAUCCCCGUGGAACCUCCUCAGCCCAAAGAGGCUCCCCCGUGAGAACUGAGGACCGGACUCACUUGAUGUUUCCUGGAAGCAGAGCAAAACGCUCUUGUCCGUGUCGCGUCUCAUUUCGUCCAUGUCCCCCGUGCACGGUUCAAUGGUAGAUUCGCAGUCCCCUCAGCGGGGGCCUCGAAGACUCCCUGACCCCAGACCUCUCUCCCAGCCCCUCCCCAAAGCCACUGGAAGGAGCACAUACUACCUAGAAGUAAGAAGAGGAGCCUCAGAAGAAAACAAAGUUCUAUUUUAUUAAUUUUCUAUGUGUUGUGUUUGUAGUCUUGUUUUAGCUCUGGACGUGAAAUACUUCGGUAAUAAUAUUAAUAUUAUUAAUAAUGAUAAUAA